CGCGUUGGAGCUGCGAUGGUGAGGAUGAGCGAAGAGAAGUGGAGCAAGCUCAUGCUUUCCAUCGUCAUCGACAUCAUCGGAAUCCUCUCCUACCUCAUCCCUGUGAUCGCUGAGUUCUUUGACGUGUUCUGGGCGCCGCUCUCGAGUCUUCUGGUCUUCCAGAUGUACGGCAACCGGAUGCUGAGUGGGAUAGCCUUCAUCGAGGAAAUCCUCCCCUUCACCGACAUCUUCCCUACCGCGACUUUCGGCUGGCUCUGCCAGUUCACGGCCCUCGGCAAGUGGCUCGGGAUCCAGCUGGAGCAGCCGGUCCGUCCGAACCCACGAUUCAGGAGGAUGGACUAGAGGCGGUCGGACAAGGAGCAAGGUGUGGCUGCUUGCCGAGUUACAUGUUGGAGCAGCUAACAGGCAUGGGAGAGUAUCGCACGGGCUGUAUUGCAAAGGAUGUAACAAGUUUAACAAUGAAGUUGUCAACUCAGUGUGAGAUAACGUCCGAUCUGUGUUCCCAAGGUCUUGCACAGGAGGAAAUUACCGCAGAUUUGAGAGACGUCAAAGGAGCUAAGAGGGAGGAGAAGUAUACACAUAUCUAGUACUAUGAAAGUCGGAAGCGAAACUCCCUCAGCAGGAGCUCAGCAAAGGCGACUCGGUCAGACUUAACAAGGCGCGAACUGCUCCAAACAUGUCAUCGUCAUGGUCUUUGCCGAGAAACAGGGUGCUUUCUUUGUGAUCCGGGCUCCCAUCCAGGCUCGAGCUGCUGCAAUCCACUGAAGCAUCUCUCAUGGCUGGGAGCUUUGCGUUGACAUCGACAUAUGGCUUUCCUGCGAAGUUCUUCUUCUCUUUGUAAGGCCACUUCUUGAUGCCCAGCUUCCGACAGACUUUCUUGAUUGCAGUCUGGCAGAUUCCCAAUCUCUUCGCUGCAAGAUGAAGCGGCAUAUUGUAGAACUGCUCAAGAAGCUCGAGCGAAAGUAUGACUGGCCCAUGACCUCCUCCUGAUCUGGCCUGCCCAGCCUUCCGUCGGGGGAAUAAGGUGAUCUUGUCAUCAUCGACAGUUCCAUCCGAGGUAACUGUGACCUCUACGCUGCGGUCACAAGCACCCUCCACGUCGUGCUCGCCCCUUGCGCGCUCGCUCCCAGACUGCAGCUUUGGACGACUCAAAGCUUCGGCUUCAUCCUCUGCACUCUUGAUCUUUGUCAUUGAGCAAGCUACCUCAGCUAGCAGCAACGUGAUUUGACCGCGUUCCAUGAUCCUGGACUGUCCAAUAUUUGAGAUUCUAGUUCCCUUUCU